UGACUGUAACACAGCUGAGCAGAACAUGAAACCAAAGAGAAGCUUUUAUGCAGCAAGAGAUUUGUACAAGUAUCGACACCAGUACCCACAGAAUUUUAAGGAUCUUCGAUGUCAGAAUGACUUGUGCAAUCUGCGAUUUUACAUGAACAAGAUUCCAUUUAAGCCUGAUGGAGUAUAUAUUGAAGACAUAUUAGAUACAUGGAAAUGUGACUAUGAUAAAUUAGAACAUAAUCACACCUAUAUACAAUGGCUUUUUCCUCUACGAGAACAAGGGUUAAAUUUCUACGCCAAGGAGCUGACCUCAUAUGAAAUUGAGGAAUUUAAAAAAACUAAAGAAGCAAUUAAAAGAUUCAUCUUGGCAUAUAAGAUGAUGCUGGAUUUUUUUGGGUUAAAAUUGAUAGACAAGAGUGGAAGCGUCUCACGGGCUGCAAACUGGCAAGAGAGAUUUCAGCACUUGAAUGAAUCUCAGCACAACUACUUAAGAAUCACCCGCAUAUUAAAAAGUCUUGGAGAGCUUGGAUAUGAGAAUUUUAAGCCUCCAUUGGUGAAGGCUUUUCUUCAGGAGUCUGUUGUAGAAAACACAAUCCCAAACAUGAAGCAAAGUGCACUGGAGUAUUUUGUGUACACAAUCAAAGAAAGGAAAGAAAGAAGAAGACUUUUGCGUUUUGCUUAUCAUUAUUUCCAGCCCCCUGAGCACUUUAUUUGGGGACCUCCCAAAACACUCAGGGCUGAGCAAAAUAAAACUCUUAAAAAGACACCUGCAGACAGGUCUCAGAAAAAACAUUCACAGAAAUCCAAGGAUAGCAAGGCUGAGCAUGAACUGGAAAGUCCGAGAAACAGUUCAACAGGCAAAAAUGCAGCAGCAACUGGAGAAUUGGAAAAAGUGAUCAGCCAGGCAACAGAUGAAGUUGAUCUAGUUGAUGAUACAAGUAAUGACCAGGAGGUCAAAACUGAAACUACUAAUAAUAAUCCGAUCUUAGAGCCUUUAGGACAUAGUAUAAUGCACACAGAUAUAGAUGAAACUGAUAAUCUCCCUAUUAAAAUUAGCUUACAAGAACAGGACUCUGAACAUCCCAGGAAAGAAAACACUAUAGAGAACAUUAUCAUAGUUGAUACCAGUGAUGAAGAAAGUAAAGAUUGCUUGUGUAGCCUAUCACCUGUUACCCCUGCUACUACUGAUGUCACUGCAUCUUCAGGAGUGGAAACUGAACUGAAAGAUAACGCCAAAUAAAUGAACAACAAAUAGAAACAUAUGGGAGGCAAGGAAAGCCUUAUUAUUGCAUAAAAGCAUUUAACACAUUAACAAUUCCUGACACAGGAAAAUGUAUAGUUGGCACUGCAUUUUAAUUGCACAGGCUUUCUGAUAUAGGUGGUCAUUCCGAGUUGUUCGCUCGGUAAUUUUCUUCGCAUCGCAGCGAUUUUCCGCUAUUUGCGCAUGCGCAAUGUUCGCACUGCGACUGCGCCAAGUAAAUUUGCUAUGAAGAUUGGUAUUUUACUCACGGCAUUACGAGUUUUUUUCUUCGUUCUGGAGAUCGUUGUGUGAUUGACAGGAAGUGGGUGUUUCUGGGCGGAAACUGGCCGUUUUAUGGGAGUGUUUGAAAAAACGCUACCAUUUCUGGGAAAAACGCGGGAGUGGCUGGAGAAACGGAGGAGUGUCUGGGCGAACGCUGGGUGUGUUUGUGACGUCAAACCAGGAACGACAAGCACUGAACUGAUCGUACACUGGAAGAGUAAGUCUCGAGCUACUCAGAAACUGCACAGAGAAGUCUUUUCGCAAUAUUGCGAAUCUUUCGUUCGCAAUUUUGAUAAGCUAAGAUUCACUCCCAGUAGGCGGCGGCUUAGCGUGUGCAAAGCUGCUAAAAGCAGCUUGCGAGCGAACAACUCGGAAUGACCACCAUAGUCAUCACUUAUGUUCAGAAAUUGGAGUACGUGUAUCUUAAGACUGCCUUUAUUUCUCACUAUUAGUAGAUGACCUGUCUGUGACUUAGGCUUUGGUGCUUAUGUAAAUUCUGUAAUUGUCAAGGUGCAAUUACAGAAGAUCCAUGAGUGGUAAUGAAAAAGGUGCAGGAGGACACCCACAUACACUACUGGUAGCCAGUUUGUUGGGUAAACUAAAAUGUAUGAGAAUGCUGCUUAUCAAAGUACUAUAAUCAUGGACUUGUGUCUCAUAUAGGUCACUUGCUGGUGUGCAAUUAGACUCAGCCUUCAUUAUUACUGAUAAAGCCCUCAAAAUAGCUGCCCUUACAUGGAGGCCUCCAGUGCACUUUAAAUUGUAGAUAUAAUUAAAAGUGAAUUCUAGAUUUUUGAUUUUCUUUUCCCACAAUUGUAACACAUAUCAUCUAAUUAUUUUAAGAUGCUUUAUCACAAAUUGUAGUGAGUGCUUACAUUCUACAUGUCUAAGUUCUAGCCAUAAAGUUUGAAUUACAGUAUGCUGUAAAGACAGAUUACAUUCUGCCUUUCCUUAUAUCUUUACAUACAGCUCUUUACUGGCAAUCAGAAUCCACAAACAUCACUAAAAUAUUUGACAAAUGAGAUAUCCUUUUAUAAUAUUUAGGAAAAGUAUCAUUCAGCAAUAUGUAUUGGUCUGAGAAAGAGAGAUUGUGGAGGUUAAGGAAUGGAGAAUAAGGAUAAUGGGCUAAAGAGUAAGAGAAGUAGGAGGGAUAUUUUUGGUCUAUUAGGUGGAUCACUGUUAACUAAGGUUAUUUGGGUCCCAAAUUGCACUGUAAGGGUGGGUGGGAGCAAACACUUGCAAAUUGAUGUGGGGUAUGGCCUGAUAUACUUGUGAUGUGUUCCAGUGAUAGCUGUAUGCGACACAUGAUUGAUGUAUGUGAAGCCCAGCGAGCCAUCUACAGUAUAUACAGAUAGUUGCUAUUUGGUCACAUUCAAUCUAUGUAAGUCAGUGUGUUUUAGUGUAUUCAGAGUUGAUAUAGGUAAUAAUGGAAAGAAGGGGAAAGCCAGAAGCUGUAUUUCUGUAAUUGUUGACAUAGGAUGAUGUGCUUCCUUCCCCAGUUUAUAUAAUUGGGUAACAGAGGGGGUAUUCAAUGCAAGUCAGUUGGGUGUCUGGUUUUUCCUAUCUAAUAAACAGGAAAAACCAGACACCCAACCGACUUUUCAAACAAUUGAAUUCCAAUCUCUAAGUGUCUUCCUGACCACAUAAAAGGCAACAAAGAUUGGAAGUGCUAGGAAAUAUUGUCUAGUUGUGCAUAGGUACUAAGCACCAUCUGUAAGGUAUUUUAUAGGAGUUCUAUUUUGAUAUAGAGAAAAGCAUUUUCUCUAUUGUUAACCCAUCCCCCUUUAAUUUAGAUCUUCCCAAGGACUUCCUUCUAUUUAACCUUGUGAGUAUCAGGAAACAGUAUAUGGUAAAGAUCAGGCCCUUACAGGAUGACCUACUAACAGGGCCAUCUUAACCUAUGGGCACACUGAGCAAUUGCCCUGAGCCCCACGAUUCUAGAGGCCUUCCAGCAGGGGCAGGCUGGUGGCUUUGGAUUCCUUGGAGACAGGUAAAGAAUACUGCCCGCCCACUCUAAUUGUGAAUUACGCACAAUCAGAGCAUCUAGACAACAUUCUCUAUGUACACAUUAUAGAGAAAUCAAUGAACAGUGCUGAGUCCUGCUUUUCUCAAAAGCACAAUGUUUUAUACUCACAGGGGGCCUAAUUCAGAUCUGUUCGCUCGCUAGCGUUUUUCGCUACGCAGCGAUCAGGUUACUACUGCGCAUGCACCGCAAUGCGCAGGCGCAUCGUACGAGUACAAAGCGGAUCGUUGCUGUGCACUGGUUCUAGCAAAGAAUCCAUUUGAACAGCCGAUCGCAAGGAAAUUGACAGGAAGAGGGCGUUUGUGGGUGUCAACUGACCGUUUUCUGGGAGUGUUUGGAAAAACGCAGGCUUGUCAAAGUUUUUGCAGGGCAGGUGUCUGACGUCAAUUCCGAGCUUGAAUAGGCUGAAGUGAUCGCAGCGGCUGAGUAAGGUCAGAGCUACUCAGAAACUGCACAAGCUGUUUUUGUACAGGGCGGCUGCACACGCGUUCGCACACUUGCAAAGCUAAAAUACUCUCCCCUAUAGGCGGCAUCUAUCUGUUGGCUGCGCUGCAAAAAAUAGCUAGCGAGCGAACAGAUAUGUAUUAGGCCCAGAGUCCAAUGGGUAUAAAGAACAUACGUUCAGUAUUCCAUAUAGCGCUUAUACUAUAUGCCUCAUGAUUAACCGAUGAUCUUAUAUUCCUCACUCCGCUCUUCCAUGUAUGGUUCUCAGACCGAAUGCUAUAAAAAGGGGGGAAAAACGGGGCACAUCUAGUGUAUUACCACAAGAUUUUUAAUGGCCCUGACACUUCCCAUAAAAUACAGUACAAUUUAAAAUAUAAAACAAUUCAAUUUUCUUACAACAAACAAAAAGACACUCUCAGGCAAAGUUCGCCUACCACAUGGAAGUGCUCAUAACGGGAUGAGCAUGUAGGGCAUAUUAUGUAAAACCUGGGCACACAGCUACUGUGUCCUUCCGAUUUGCAGAUCCUUCAGAGGUAAACUUACAUAUAGGUCUGCUUACCUCACACCUGCUGGCUGACACGUUUUCACCCAUAGUGUCUUUGUCAAGGUUGUCAAUUUAAAAGCGAGGGGGGGGGGGGGG